GGUCAAUUUCCGUUUGAAAACCAUGAUCAGGCCACCCAACAAAAUCUUGAUCGUGCCAUUUUCCACCCGAAUACCUCCCCGAUACGUAUGAUACUAAAGGGUCAUCGUUUCACGCACCUGUUAUUUGCUCGCAAAUUUUGUUUUAGAAACUUUAACUCGUAUUCCGCUCAACGCACCAUGUCUUCGCCAGCAGUUCUUGCCGCGCGCGCUGCUCUUGCCAGCAUAGAUCUCACAAGCUACGACCCUGAACAAUCGAGACUGAUGGAUGAGAAGUGCAUCUUGGUCGACGAACAGGACAACGCCAUCGGGGCGAUGGACAAGAAGACCUGCCAUCUCAUGGAAAAUAUCAACAAGGGUCUCCUGCACCGAGCGUUCUCUGCAUUCGUCUUCCGUCCCUCUGAUGGCAAGCUCCUCCUGCAGCAGCGGGCUUCGGAGAAGAUCACGUUCCCUGACAUGUGGACAAAUACGUGCUGUUCGCACCCACUGGAUGACUUUGAGGAGGAGAAGAUCGAGGUCGAUCAGCUCGGUGUGCGGAACGCGGCUUCAAGAAAACUUGAGCACGAGCUCGGUAUUCCGCAAAGCCAAACGCCAGUUGGCGAGUUCCAGUACUUGACGAAGAUCCAUUACCUCGCACCGUCGAACGGGAUGUGGGGUGAGCAUGAAGUCGAUUACAUUUUGUUUCUGACUGCGGAUGUUACGGUGACGCCAAAUAAGAACGAGAUUCAGGACUACAAAUAUGUGGACAAGGCGGAGUUACAGGCGAUGUUCAAUGAUUCGUCAAAUUCUUUUACACCUUGGUUCAAGCUGAUUGCUCGGGACUUUUUGUUUGGUUGGUGGGAUAUGCUGCUGGAACGCCAGGGUUUCGAUGGUCGUGUCUACGCCAAGACUCUAACAGGUGUCGCGGAUGGAUCAAAGGUUAUCAAGAUGGUGUGAUACUAGAAGGACUUGUAGAUGGUAGUGCAAAAGCAACUAUUGUAUUAAGCGACAAUGCAUUGCGAAAACAAGAUAAAUAUUGUACUACAAUAUUGUGAAUA